AGAUAGUUGACAAUGAAAUUAUUGAUCUCUUUCCCUAUAUAAGGCCAUAUGCUAAAAGCAUCAUAGCAUUGUCCAGAUCAAAGCACAUCUCCAAACCAAACACAGCACCAUAGUCAUGGCAGGCAUCAAAGUCCAUGGAACCACUUUCUCAACGGCAACGGCGAGAGUUAUGGCUACCCUUUACGAGAAAGAGGUGGAAUUCGAGCUUAUUCCGAUAGACAUGAGAACUGGUGAACAUAAAAAAGAGUCCUUCCUUGCCCUCCACCCAUUUGGUCAAGUUCCAGCUUUUAAAGAUGGAGAUCUUCAGCUCUUUGAGUCAAGAGCAAUUACACAAUACAUUUCCCAUGAGUAUGCUUCAAAGGGUACUCCUCUGAUAACCACAGACACGAAGAAGAUGGCAAUUCAAUCAGUGUGGCAGGAGGUGGAGGCUCAAAAAUACGACCCAGUAGCAUCAAAACUGACAUUUGAGCUAGCAGUGAAGCCUUUCAUUGGCAUGGUAACUGACUUAGCAGUCGUGGAGGAGUUCGAAGCUAAGUUGGGUACAGUUUUGGAUAUCUAUGAGAAACGUCUGGGACAAUCGAAAUACUUGGGAGGUGAUUGCUUCAGCUUGGCAGAUCUUCACCACCUUCCAACCAUGGAUUACUUGAUGGCAACACGAACCAAGAAGCUCUUCGAGUGCCGCCCAAAUGUUAGUGCUUGGGUUGCUGAUAUCACAGCUAGGCCUGCUUGGACUAAAGUUGUCGCCAUGAGAACUUACUAAGGAUGACUCCUAUAGUGGCAUAUACCAUGUGUUUUGGCCUUUUCAUUUCUUCCAAUAAGUUGGUUAUAACUCGUUGUAACGUCGUGUGCCUUUGAGCUUUUGUCUCUUGUCUUCAAUGUAAAAUUAAAUUUGAUGCCUUCUGCA